CUGCCUCCUGCCCAGCGUCUCAGCACCUCACCAGUACGGCAGGACGUUUGCCCCCUCCAGAUCUGCCAGCCUCCUACGUGGAUCCCUGCAAGGCCCCUGGCAGCACCUGCCCAGGAUGCUGGGAGCAGGAGCCCCCCGGAGCCAGGGCCCUGCUGGAAUGCGUGCCCUGGGCCGGCCGUGGGUCCUCCUACUCACCUACCUACUGACCACGCUGGACCUGACCAGCCUCUUCAUGCAGUUUUCUGUCCUGCCGUACCUGUCCCGGAGGCUGGGCCUGGACUCGGCCGCCUUCGGCUACCUGCAGACCACCUUUGGCGUCCUCCAGCUGCUGGGCGGGCCCGUGUUCGGCAGGUUCGCAGACCAGCACGGGGCGCGGGCCGCGUUCGCCGUGUCCUUCCUGGGCUCCUGCGCGCUCUACCUGCUCCUGGCGGCCGCCUGCAGCCCGGCCCUGCCCGGCGCCGCCCUGCUGUUCGCCUCGCGCCUGCCGGCCCCGCUCAUGCACAUGCUGCCAGCCGCCCAGAUGGUCAUCGUGGACCUGACUGCGCCCGAGGAGCGGCCCGCGGCCCUGGGCCGGCUCGGCCUCUGCUUCGGCGUCGGCAUCAUCCUUGGCUCCGUGCUCGGCGGGACCCUGAGCGACACGUGCGGGAUUCAGUGUCCAGCCCUCGUGGCUCUUGCGGCCAACCUCCUUGGAGCCAUCCUCAGCUUCGCCUGCGUCCCUGCCAGCACCAAAGGGGCCAGCGCCCACGCCCAGGCUGCCUCGCCAGGUGCCCCCCAGGCCGGCGUGUUUGACCUGAGGGCCAUCUACCGCCUGCUGCUGCAGCCCGGGGUGCUGCCCGUGUUCCUGGUCAAGGUGAUCUCCGGCUUCCCCUCAGGGCUCUUCAUGAUCAUGUUCUCCAUCAUCUGCAUGGACUUCUUCCAGCUGGACGCCACCCACGCCGGCUACCUCAUGUCCUUCUCCGGGGCUCUCCUGAUGGUCAUCCAGGGCCUGGUCAUCGGCCGGCUGAGCCGCCGUUUCUCCGAAGCAGCCCUGCUCCGGGCCAGCGUGCUGGGCUUCAUCGCGGUGGGGUUGGCCAUGGCGCUGAUGUCCACCGUCUUCCACUUCUGCCUCCUGAUGCCCGGCCUGGUCUUCAGCAUGUGCGCACUCAACGUGGUCACCGACAGCAUGCUGACCAAAGCCGUCUCGGCCUCGGACACGGGGACCAUGCUGGGCCUCUGUGCUUCUGUGCAGCCGCUGACCCGCACCCUGGGGCCCGCCCUGGGCGGCCUCCUGUACCGCAGCUUUGGCGUCUCCAUCUUCGGCCACGUGCAGUUUGCCGUCAACCUCCUCGUCCUCUUGGCUCUCUGCCGACAGCCUAUGUCCCAGAAGACGCUCAAAGUCCGGUGA